AAUUCGAAUUUAUCAACUGAUCGGCAUUGUUUCUACUUGACUGACACGCUGUGGCGAAAUUUGACUGUUUUAAGCAUAAAAUUCGUUCAGUUGCUGUGUAAUUUCAAUCUAAUUUGACAAACUAAAUCUUUUUCUUCAAGCUCUUGCUCGAACGAUGUAAAACUGACAAAACGAAAACUUUUAGGAUGACUACCGCAGAAGCAGGAACAAGCAGCAAACUGCACGUUUGUCUGCGCAUCAAACCGUGCAACAAAGCAGAAGCCAGUGCUGCAUACUUGGUCGAGGAUGAUAUGAAGCUUAAAGUCACAAGCAAUACCCGAGGCCCAGAGAUCUUUAGAUUUUCAAAAAUUUUCAGUGAUAAAUGCAGUCAGUCGGAAAUUUUUGAGAACACGGCUAAAGGCUUGGUUGACCAAUUCUUGAAUGGAAAAGACUGCUUGAUGUUUGCUUAUGGCACUACAAACGCAGGCAAAACAUACUCAGUCAAAGGUACAACUCGUGAGCCUGGCCUUGUUCCACGAGCCAUGUCUCACAUCUUCGACAGCAUUGGGUCUGCAAUCGAUGACAACCCAAGAAUUUGCCCUAUCAAUUUCAAGCAAGCUCAGAUCAGGAAUGCACAAGAGAGAUUGCAAAGUGAUAGUAUCAAGGCGAACAUUCUGCUCAGCGCAAGCCCCAUCACACACAUUCCUCCAUCCACUGAUAAAUUCUCAAUUUCAUUUGCUCCUGCGUUGAGCUCUACGUUUUGUGAAGCACCAGGAUCAUUGGGAUCAAGCCCAGCUGGUCAGCUGCCACAGGUUUUUAAAACUGACUCAAGGUGUUCUCUUUGGAUUUCAAUGCUUGAGGUGUAUAAUGAACAUGUGUACGACUUGUUGGCUCCUUUGAAACAAAGUACUAAGACAUUUGUGAAGCUGACAAUGGAUGGUGCUGGAAACUUUUGCCCCCAAGACAACAUCGAAGUCCAUGUCACUUCUCUUGAGGAGGCAAAUGCAGUGCUGAAGUUCGGAGACAGUCAGCGCACCACAAUGGCCACUUUGCUCAACAUCUCCAGCAGUCGCUCACACUGCAUUCUUCGAGUUCGGCUGUUACGUGUUGAUCGAUCAGCAGCGCCUACUCCAGCUGGCUGUUUGUCACCGGCUGCAGACGUUGAGGACUUCCACGUUUCCACAUUCUUCUUCGUAGAUCUUGCAGGUUCCGAGCGUGUUGAUAAGGCAGGAACUUUGAAAGCAAACUCCAGGGCCAGGGAAACUGGCAACAUCAACUCUUCCCUCCUGGUCCUCGGAAGAUGUAUGGAGAUGCUGAAACUCAAGGGCCAGAGUGAUUUGGGAAGCUCAAAGAUACCAAUUGUGCCAUAUAGAGAAAGCAAGUUGACCAUGAUCCUUCAGCCUUUACUCAGUGUUUCUGGACCAAAAAGCUUAUUAGUCAACAUCGAUACCUCUCCAGAUCUGUUUGAAGAGACUCACAAUGUUCUUAAGUUUUCUUGUGUGGCCCGAAUUGUUCUGUUCAAAGAACCGCCGAAGCCCUUGCCAGUGCUGAAGAAAUUGCCAGUGAACCCUAGUGUUGCAGAAGCCAGUGUUAUGAUAGCCUCAAUUUCUGAUAGUGAUGGCGAUUCUUCCAACAAAUCUCUGGUAACUCAGGAGCAGCUAGACGAGGAAAGGAAACUUAAGGAGGAGCUCCAAUCAAAAUUAGUUUCUGCUUUGGAGGAAAACAAAAAGCUUCGAGAGUCUCUGUCUUUGUUAAAAUCCGAGCAAAACGUUAGAGAGAGAGACAUUAGACAUGACCUGCAGGCCGGAUUUGACGAAAUGAUGCAGGAAAUGAAAGCGUCGCACCAAAAAGCUCUGGAAAAUAAAGAAAACCAGUUAAUUGAUCUGAUGGAGAAAAGGAUGGAUUUGCAAGAGGGACACUACAAUGGUCUGCUUGCAGACGCCAAGAGAAAGCUGGAAGACUUUGCGAAUCAAGUUGUGCCAAAAGAAGAUUUUGAGUCUCUAUCAUCUAACUUGGCUAUGAAGAAUGAAGAGAUUGAAAGACUGCAAGAAAAAAUACAAGACAAUUCUUCAGAAAUUUCAAGCCUUAAGGGUGUAAUUGCUCAAUUGGAACAAGCAGAGAGUGUUCACCAUGUUACGCUUGAAUCCAACCGUUUGGCUGAAGUGAAUUAUCAAACCGAAGUGCUAGCUCUUCAAAGCGAGGUCAAGAACCUGCUCAAGCAAAUAAAGGAACUGUCACAUCAAAAGGUCGUUACCGAUGAGAGACUGAUAAAGAGCAGGGAUAACAGGUUGAAACUCGAAGAGAAAUUACGUAAACUGCAGCACGACUGUGACAAAUAUAAACAACUGACCAAUUUCAUUGUAAACGAAUAUCACCCUUCAGCCAGAGAUAGCCUUGCAAGCCACAAUGAAGAGGAGCUUUGGAAUUUCAUUGAGAAAGAAUUCCAAUUGAUGCCGACCAAGUGCAGAGAGCUGGAGAAGGAAAACACCCUUUUGAAGAAACAGCUGGAGUUGUCGAUUGAAGACUUUAAGAAGCUGGAGGAAAGGAGAAAUCAACAUGUAGCCAAGUGUGAAGAAGAUCUGCGAAUCAAAAACCAACAACUGGACGUGGAACGACGAGAAGUGCAAGCCUUGCAAAAGCAGCUGAUGGGAAUGACUCCCAAGAAGUUUGAGAACAUCACACCACAGAGAGAAUUUAAGACACCCAUGGUCUCGUUGAGCAACUCUGUUCGUUCUUUAACUUUGUCAUGUUCCUCUGAAAACAAGAUGGAAAGUUCGAGUGUUUCUAAGGAAGUCAGGAGCAAGAGCACUGGCAGGAAGAAGAAACCAACUCUGGAUGAUGUCGAGAAAGAAAACUCUCCUCUGCCAACUGAAAAUGCUACCAAGUCUGCUAAACGGAGGGGUGUUUCUAGGCGCAAGCUGUGCAAGACUUUUGAUGAUGACGUGGACGAACAAGUUGACUUCAAGAUUCCUGAGGCAAAUGAAAUGCAGAUGACAAGACGCCGCUUGCGAUCAACGUACAAAUAGCUUCAAAAAAUUUUACCCUUCUAUCUUUUCUACGAGUCCUGUUUUGAUUUGAUUUCAAUUCCACUGCCUUGUUCUUCGCAACCCUGUCCUGAUUUUUGCAGUAUAUAAAGGUCAUAAAUUUAAAAUAUAACCAUUGGAGACUAAAUUUAUUAAAAUGUUAAUGACAAAAUUCCCAGUCGAGUUGAGAUCAGAUAUUUUAUUGUAUUACAAAAUAUUAUAUUAAUAAAGCUCAAUAUAUCUAGAAUCGCUUUAUUAAAUUGUAUUCGGAUGUAUUGUUGCAUAAAUUAUUUAUCAUUUUAUUGUGGCAGAAAAUCACAAACAAAAAGAGAUUCCGCAUUGCUGUCUUAAAUGUUGUAAUACUGCGGUGGGGUCGAUAGUGCAUGCCUUUGAACACUGUUGUAAGUGAUUUAUUUUGUUUUUUGAGCAUGAAAAACUUGCUUGCCCUAUAAAGGCAGGCACAAAGCAUACUAGCAUAAUGCCUUGGAAAUGUAUUAAAAAUCUUAA